GGUGUCGGGGCUACUGUACGAAGAUGCAUAAGCGGACGUAAUACAAUUGAUCCAUUCUUAAUGUGUGAUAUUUUUGAAGUUUCUCCACCUGCUGGAUUUCCUGAUCACCCUCAUAGAGGAUUUGAGACCGUCACAUAUAUGCUAGAAGGUACCAGCGCGCAUGAAGAUUUUGCAGGAAAUAAAGGAUUGAUAGAACCAGGUGAUGAAAAAAUUCCAAGAGCAAAUCCUGAAGAAGGAAUUGAAGUUAAAGUUAUUGCAGGUUCAAGUUUUGGUGUUAAAAGUGAUGUAUUUACUAGAACCCCAACCAUGAUGUUAGAUUUUAAGUUAUCCAAAGGAAAAAAGAUUGAACAAGAGAUUCCAAAAGAUUAUCAAGGUUUUAUUUACGUUUGGAAAGGAAAUGCUUAUUUUGGUGGAAAUCGAUUCAAAGGACAAGAAAGUUACGCAUUAUUCUUGGAUGGUAAUAAUGGUGAUUUUUUACCUGUUGAUGCGGCAGACGAUGAUGUUAGAUUUAUGCUUUUUGCCGGUCAACCUUUGAAGGAACCAAUAGUGAGCUAUGGACCUUUCGUUAUGAAUACUGAAGAAGAAAUAUUUCAAACUAUGUCAGAUUAUAAUAGAUAUAGUAAUGGAUUUGAAAAGGCUAGAAAAUGGCGCUCUUCAAUUGGUGAUGGUGUUGCCGGAAUCGAUUUCGAAAAAGAAUUCCAAAAUUAA